AUGUACUACACUGAGAAGCAUUGGCACUCGGACGCGACGACCGAAGCUUCAAGAGCAGGGAAGCAUUGCGUUCUGGCAAAUCCAGAUCGACAAGGCCCAAGAGAGUACAUCGUCUUGGAGGAGUCACAUGUGUACCCUGAGUACAUUGUGGAGUUUGAAUGCUGA